AUGCUAGGAUUAAUGUGAGACGCUCGGCCACCGAAGCCGAGCUGUUACACAAUCCCCUGCACGCAGCCACGCUCAAUGAGCUCUGCGUGCUCCAAAAAAAGUACACGGAGCUCCUCACGAGGACGAGCGGGGCGUCGUCAACGUCGGCUGUGGACCAGGCCAGUCGAAUCACGUCCUCGAGCGCCCAACAAGGCUCAAACUCUUCAUUGUUCACGCUUCGCCGACGACCUCCCCACGUUAAGGCUGUCGUUCUUUGGACGCGGGAAGAGGCCAACGCCGAGAAGUCGGCGAACAUUGACGACACUGGCAUCGCCCCCAAGGCGAGGCCCAAAUUGCGUCUCGACUUCAUCCUCCGCAACGAAGACGGAGAAAUGAUUCUGAAAGUGCUCUCCCCCAAAAGGGCUCUCUACGAAAGUGAUCUGCGCCAGGGAAGGAGGGUGGUUACGAGGUUCAUCCAGUCGAAGUGGGAAGACGACACGAUCGACGUUCGCUCUCUCUACCUCAAGCAUCUACAAUCAGGUUAUUUCACUUCGAUCUUCGCGCCAGCAAUCUCAAUUCUUGAGUCUCUUGAACAUGUUGGCCCAUUCCUGGGUCUGUGCUCAUGCUCGUACAAGGCCGUCAUCUGGCUCGGCGAGAUCCUCGAGGGCAUUCGGAACGUGCAUCAGAACGAGAUUGUCCAAUACCUCGCCAACAACCCAAAGUUUCAACAUCCUGGACGCAAGCCAUCAUUCAAGAAGUUCAACAAGCAAGGAGCAGGUAACGCCAAUAAAUCGAUUCGCGCCAGCAGCAAUCAACAGGAGACGAAGGUAUGCCCGAACCAACACGAUCUGACUCAACAUGCCCACUUUCGAUGCGAGCUGAUUCAUCUUGCGUGCGCCACGAAUGCAGGACGACGGAUGGGCAGACACCUCGGAUGGCGAAGACGAGGAUCAAGGAGGAGACAAGGAGGACUCGGGAGAUGAUGAUCAGGAAACCGACGACGAGUGCUACAACGAAGCCGUAAGUCGGUUAGAGCCCUGACUCGAUCGUGAGAUGCCGCGCGUUGGCACGGGCGAGCGGCAUCUCUGACUUGGUGAUCUCGAAACCCCUUUUGACAGAGGCGCUUGGCCGACGAAGCGUACCCAACGGUGACGAGAGGUGAGCUUUCGAUCGUCUGCGGCCCGAGCGACACCGGAGUGCGACGCUCAAUCUUCGUUCCCUCUAACCUAUCCAGCUACGGCCGUCCCCAGUACGUUCACCUGCCCGACAAAGGUUUAAAGGCUGUCAGCAUUCAGGAAGCGUGGACGACUGACCGAGGCCUUACGCAACUACAGAGCGACUGAACAAGGUCGGCGAUUCUAGCGCGGGCGCUCUGGGCGACGACAUGGUUAAGCUGUUCGCACUUGCCAAUCAAUUGGCUACACACGACCGCAGGUUCGCAGCGGGCAAGGCCCACACCGAGCCAGAAAUCGUGGCCUUCCUCGAUAGGCUCGCCCAAUUCCAGAAAGACGUUGAGCUCCACGGUAUCGACCGCGACGACGAGGACAACGGCGGCAUACGAUUGGGACACAACAGGCUCGGGUUUGGUGCGUUGGCGGAAUUGAAACGAAACAUCGAAAAGUGGACGCAGUGGACGAUUGAGGAUGUGCUUGUCAAGGUGUGGAACUGCGCCGCCACAAUCGCUCGCAACAAUUUCGUCUACGAGACCUCGAGAAAGGGCAAAGGUUCGCUUGAGGGAAAAGGCGCGAAUGCUUCCCCUCAAGUCGUCGUCGGUUACGUCAUCGAUACGGUUAUGUGGGACAUCGUCCUGACCCUAACACUCACCAUUGAGGCGUCCCUCAAGCGAUACGAAGGUAAAGGGAAAGGUAGGCACGCAGGUUCGGAGGAGGAAGCCGGGGUCGAGGAGGUGGCCAUAGGUGCAACGGGUCACGGUGAAGUGAGUCGGCUCGCGGCAUGAACCCGAUCGGCAAUUCGUUUACUAAACCUUGCUUACUAUCCUAUGCCAUACACCGCUCAGGCCGUUGUAGGAAGCAAACGUGUGUCGAGCGCACUGGAGGCGGCCCCUCGGGCUCCGCCCGCGAAGAAGUCCAAGCGUGAGUCACUUCUUGCCGAAACUGCAUAUACAUCGAUUGACGCUGACACCGACCGUCCCGGAACAAAAAUUACAACCUCCCGGCCGGUGGUACUAGUUACGCUCGAUGCAACACUGCAAGAACUCGGCUCGGCCAUGGUCGGGCAACUCUCCAGGAAAAUGGCGGUGGACCUCGCCAAAAAACUCGGCGUCGUCUACACGGUGCCGCGAGGGGCGAAUGCGGAAACGACCUGCAGUGCCAUCGUGAGUGCUUGGUGCGGCGCAGAGCCGGGAGCUGGUACUGACUUGGUCAUCGGCCCAACAGAUCAAGGCUGCUGCCGAGCAAGUUCAAAGUUCGAAGUAG